AUGUCGAAACGAUCAUACCCCAGUGGUGCGGAGAAAAAAAAAAAAGCUGCUCACCAAAAGGAAGCUAUUGGCAAAUUGCCAAAAUUAACGGCAUUUUUUACACCUGAAACUCCUGCCGGUAGUAAAAAAAUUGAUCCUUCAAACUCACCACUCCAACAAGACACUGAGAAAACAUCGGAACUCAUUUCUGGCUCAGGAAACGACGAGCACCGUGACGGAACUACACCAACAACUGAUUUGAUAAAACAAGUGCAAGAUUUAACAGAAAAUAUUUCGCAAGAUCCUGGUGAUUAUUGUGAUGCAGUAUUCACGGAACAAGUGCGUGAAAUAUGGAUUCGGAAAGGGCCAGCGUUUUUCCAGAAUAAAGACUGCGACUUCUCAGAAGCUUCCAGAACUUAUACUGAGUUUGAUGGUAGAAUAAAAACGAGGAACCUGCAUAAGACAGUUUUUAUCCGCAGAUUAAAAAAUAAUGAAAGUGUGGAAAGGAAAUGGCUUCUCUAUUCACCAUUGAAACGGUCUGUAUUUUGUUAUUCCUGUUGUCUUUUCAGCGCUUCUAAAACAAGUUUCAAUUCUUUAAGUGGAUGCAACGAUUGGAAGCACAUUAACAACCUCAUAUUAGAGCAUGAAAAUAGUUUAGCUCACAGGCAAUCUAUGAUGACUUACAUCGCACGAAGCAAAAUUAUCGGCAGAGUGGAUGUGGACCUGCUUUCACAAUAUAAGACAGAGGUAGAUUACUGGAAAAGUGUAUUGAAAAGGAUUGUUGCAGUCAUUAAAUUUUUAGCAUCAAGAGGACUCGCGUUUCGUGGUGAUAAUGAAACUUUUGGAUCUCAAAACAACGGCAAUUAUUUAGGAUGUAUGGAAUUACUAAGCGAAUUUGACCCUUUUCUUGCGGAUCAUAUAAAAAAGUACGGAAAUCUUGGUAAAGGAAACACUUCAUACUUAUCAGCAAAUAUUUGCAAUGAAUUCAUCGAUAUUAUGGGAAAGAAAGUUUUAAUGACAAUUGUGAGUGAACUGAAAACAGCCAAGUAUUAUUCAAUUAGCGUGGAUUCUACUCCCGACCUCUCGCAUAUUGAUCAGCUGACUUUUAUUGUUCGGUACGUAAAAGACGGAGUCCCUGUUGAGAGAUUUAUACAAUUCUUACCUAUCAAAGAGCACAAGGCUGAAUAUUUAGCGGAAACAGUUUUGAGGUUGCUGGAAAAUUACGGUGUUUCAAUAAAAGAUUGUCGCGGUUAG